AUGAGGAAAUCGCCGGAGUGCGGAGCAAACAUGAGGAGCUCGGAAGUUAGGAACCGCCUCGCAAAUCGAGAUUAUUUGAGUGAGAUUGAGCUUUGGAUUCAAGGUGUCGAUUUCCCUCACUACAACCACUUGCAUGGAAAGCUCAAUUUCAGUCAAACAAGAAUGGCUUCAGUGGAAAAGAAGAAGAUAUGGUGGGAGUCUCUGUACAAGAUUGACUUGGCCGGCAGAGGUAUCACCGAGUUUGCAAAUGAAGUACCAAUGCAGGCACCUGACAACGGUGGAUCAGUUCAGGGAAUGAUGGAAACGAUGAAAGCUUUGAUCGAGGAAGCAACAAAGAAGUUGGAGGAUAAGAUGGAUGAUGUUACCUCAGAGAUUAAGGCAAUGGUUGGGGACUUAGAUGAGAGACUUGAUAUGGUUGAAUGUUAUGUCAAUGAGCAACGAACCAAGAAGGCUCAUGAUAGAAGCGGAGCAAGUAGUUUUCCUCUAGGUUCUGCUUUUCGGACUCCGGCCGAGAAGGUUGUAGCAGGGGAUAUAAGUGAAGAAGAGGAGGAGGCGGAGGAGGAGGCGGAGGAGGAGGAGGAGGAGCAAGGAGGAGGAGGAGGAGAAGGAGGAGGAGGAGGAGGAGCAAGUAGAGAACCGCCAAAGAAGAAAGAGAAGAGAGAGACAAUCAACCUUCAGCUAUUCUCUCAUCUCCAUAUGUGGCUGGUCAGGCAAAUAGAAAAAGAAAAGGCAAGACAAGUGGAAAAGGGAAAGGAGGUGCAAAGAGACCGUACAACACACGUAGGAAACAAGGCUGACGUCUCUGUGUUUAGGAAGUUAUGUAUUGUGUACUAUCUCUAUGUUUUAUGA